GCGAUAUCAGGUUUUCAACGCCCUGAAUGAAGUUAUAAGACUAGUGAUAUAAAGUAACACAAAAUGAAUCCAUUGAAAUGUGUAAUUGUGACCAUUUUGUAUUAUUUGGGAGUAAUUUGCAAAGAUCAGGGCGUUUUUAUUUCACAAGAUAAAACGACAUGGAACGAGUCUAGUUGCACCUUGGCAGAACCAAGAGUAAUCUGCAGGGUUGAUGGAUCAUGCAUUGUUGAAAAUGGUUUGAAAUUUCUCGAAAACGCAGAAGAUCAAGACAAUGUAUUUUGGAUUGGUUUUGUCAAAACAUGGAUUAGUUAUGCUUAUGUUGGAUGUGGCCAAUUGAAUGAUGGAGCAAAUUAUUCUGUUUCAACUCUGGGCGAAUGUAGACGUACAACUGGAUGCCAAACAUUCGGUAUACAAAAAUCAACAGUGGGCUUGCGAUGUAAAUGUGCCAAUAAAAACGCCCCGUGGACACGAACAUGCAAAGAAAAAUGUGUAGAAGCUGAUCAAUAUCCAUGUGGUGGCACUGCCGACACCAACAUAUUCUCAUUUUACACUGUUGAAAGUGUUCCUCCUAGCGAUCAUUCACAAAACAAUACAAGAAACUGCCUACUGUUCUACUAUAAAUACAAAAAUGGAAAUUAUUAUUAUUGGGAGUCAUGUAAUUUGAAAACAACCCCAAGCUUAUUAUGCAGCAACAAAUAUUUUUCAGAACAUAACCAGAUGGCGGAACGACACUAUUCAAGUAAUAAUAGAUGGGCUCAGGCUGUUGAAAUAUGCGUCGUUGGAGGAAGAUACCCUGCGUCGAUACAAAGUAUCAACAAUGUGAAUUUUACAGAACAGGACCAGCAGUCCCAUUGGACAGGAAUAACAAAAAAAGAAUCUAUUAUAUCAUUGAGCGAUAUGCUUGAUGAUAGCAGUUAUCCACCUUUGACGUAUGCAUAUGUGGAGCAGAUCAACCAGACUUUUUACGUUAGAUUUGCUAAAGAAUGUUACUUGAGAAAAAGCCUGUGCGCAGGAGGUCCUACAUCAGGCGUGACGUCAACCAAUGCUGUCAUAAUAACAGAUAUACAUCCGACACAAGCACCAAUAUUGAAUACAUCUACAACGCCAACAUCGCACCCGGUACCUGAAGGAACACCAGCGUCCUUGGACAAAGAAGAAGGGGGGUCUUCCACUGAAAUAGUAAUUGGUGUGGUUAUUGCUGUGACAUUACUUGCUGUUGUAGUACUUGCAGUUUUGAUAAAGAGAAGGUACAUUUCUAGGGCUUGCUUUAAUAACGCCGCGACAGCAAAGUCUUCAGGACAGCCAUCCACAGGGUUGACAACUCCUGUGGACAAUCAGAAACGAGUUGAAUAUGUUAACACAGCAUAUAAUGAAAUGCACAGGAAUACUAGAAACAAUAAGGCGGCUAUGACUUACGAAAAACUUAACAUGACUAAGGGUCUUGACAACUAUCUCUCACUCCAAGAAAUACAUGCAGACGAGCACGACUAUCAAAACACAUGAAGGCCAAGAUGAACAUAUAAAGGCAAAGAGAAAAUGAUUUUUUUAAUGUUUUUUUUUCCGUUUAAACUGCAUUUAAUAAUCAAUAAAAAAAUAGUAUAGCGGUAUAUAUAAUAUGUCACAAUAUUUAUGAUUUAACAUAACUAUACAUGCAUUUGUUGUAAAUAGUUUCAAUUUUCUGCGAUAACUGGUGAAGUAAAACUUUUCUUCAUUAUUCUAAUUCAUAGUAAUCAACUGAAAUGUUCAUAAAAGGUUCAGAACACAUUUUAGACUUAACCUUGCUGAACACUUAUUUAGCAUUUACGAGUAUGAUUUUGGAACGUUUCUAUUUUUUCAUUCAUAUGAAAGAAACACUUUGAGUUGAUCAUCUGUUUUGAUUGUUUACUCUUAAGUAUUCCAAUUCCAAACUUUUUAUCUUCAAUUACAUCUUUUAUCUUGUAUUUGCUUUUUUAAUGUAAGAACUUUAAGCUUUAAAAAACUUGUUUUCAAAAUGAGGUUUUAAGUUGUUACUUUUAUCUAAAAAGGGUAACUUAUAGUGACUGAACAUAACUACAUAUUUAGUUGCCUUUCAUUACGUAUCAGGGGCAUAUGAGGUAAUUUUACCCUUUACUUCUUUUCAUUUAUGCCGUUUCGAAAUCUGUUCUGGUAUAUUUGCAGUUAUGUCUCGAGAUAAGUCAUUUGUCUAAUUUAAAUUGCUGAAUAAAUACACGUCAUAUUUUGAGUUCGUCAAAAAUACAUUAUUUUCAAUUAACAUAGUUCACUAAUUCAACUAUUUUAAAUCAACUACAUUAAUUUUAGGAAAUUAACUUAUAUAUAUAUAUAAA